AUACCCAGCCACGUGCAGCGACAGUGGGACUCCCCAUGUUUUGGAGACGGUGCUAAUGUCUAUACCGGGGGGAGGGAGCGGACCGAGGCUGCAUUACCGUUUGGGUGGCAGAGGGCACCCCGGAUCCUGAGAGUCUGAGGCGCUGAGACCACUCCUCUGCUCUCGGGCUGGGCGGAUGAAGCGAGUCAGGCGAAACACGCUGCCCACACACCUCCGUCAUGUCUCCUGCCGGCACCCCAGGCCCCAGGAGCCCCGCAGCCGGUGUCUCCGCUCGCCUCCCUCUGCAAAGCAGGGAAGAACCCCCACCCCCUCCAGUUUAACAGAUGGGGAAACUGAGGCAGGCGAUCGUCCCAAUCGGUGGGAUCGAGCUCAGACCUCCCGCGUCCUCCUUUGUGAGUCUCCUUUUCUUUUUGCCCCCCCAGGGGCUCCAGCUUCAGAUCCAGGACAAGCUGAUGCACCUGGAGUCACUGAACUGGCUGUACCGCCAGCUGGGGCAGGCCGACGAGGCCGGCUGGCAGGGCCGGCUCCGAGCCGCCGUCCAGGACAGCAACCAGCGCUGGGACGACCUCCAGACGCGGGCGGCGGCCGUCUGCAAGAGGCUGAAGUAUGUCGUGAGCCAGCGGGAGGAGUUCGAGUGGGAGCGGGAGGCCAUCCAGGUGUGGCUGAUGGAGCUGGACCUGCGGCUCACGGACGUGGAGCACUUCUCCGGGGGCUCCUCGCUGGAGAAGAUGAGCCAGCUGCAGGUACCGGGGUGCGCCGGGGCAGGGAGGCCUCGUGUGAACACCCUCCGUGGCACGCUGCGUUUGAUGUCCCGCUGCUGCAGCGAGCAGGCUGGGGCGCUCACCGGUGCAAGGGGCAGCUGUGUUUGA